AUAGCCGGAUCAAAUUGUACGUGACAGCAAGGAACGACAACUCUGUCUAAUGACAGCAAUCUCCACGCAGAGUUGUCGUCUCAUGUUCUCACAUACAAGUCUCGCAUACAGCUAUGCCGGUUCCAGUCAAAUCUCUGCGCGGAGGCUGCAAUGACCGUAGAUGCCAGUCAAUAGUUUGAAUCGAUAAAUCUGUUUAUGAGCUUGCUCAGCUGCAUAAAAACGCGCUUAUAACAACAUAAUUAUGUUGUCUGCUUAGAUUUAUAUUCCAUCGGACUAAAACCGCAAUUACUGUUUUCUUGCGCCAGGAGUAUUGCUAAAUAUAUAUUUGUAGCGUGCUUGUUCCAAACGGAUAAUUGACUUGAAAUUUACUUUAAGUGGAUUUUGUCGUAGUGAUGUUUUAGUGUUUCGCUAUAUUCUCGAUAAUAUUUUAAAUGAGCAACCAGAUUUUUGAAAAUGUUAUUUGCUUUCUGAUUGGUUAAAUAUAUUACAAAUUUUUAACACAGAACAUCCUGUUUCAUUGUCUUUGUUUUAGUAGCUUGAUCAACUCUAGAAAAUUGAGGAUUAUGGUACAGUCCUUUAUUAUUUUAGUUUUCAGUUUAUGCCUUCUAGAGUUGUGUUGUACACGACUCACAAGAGUGCGCUAACCUGAAUACGAUUUCUAAUAACUUAAAAAGAAUACGGACACGUAAUAUAAUUGUGCUGGAAUGAAAUUGUGCGAAUAUGAAUUCAGAAUAAGGAAGUAAUUGACCAACACAUUUGUUUACUACAGAUGGAUUUGAAUUAUAAGUGGACUUUUGUGUACAAUAUUUGCCUAGCGAAAGACAAAUAGAACUAGCGGCCAUGGAAAUUGAACGGGAACGCCUUUUAAACAUCGCUUCGGACGACAAAGAUGUCCGCCCUAAGCACACGGCGCAGGUUUUGAUUACCAGAAACGUCUACACACAGGACCAAUACGAUGCUACGUAUGCGGAUUCGAAUGCCACAAAGUCCACCCUAAUGACGUGUGUAAAGAAAAAACUUAAAAUCUGUAGUCCGAACAAAAUUUGCGAAAUUGUGUUAUCGUAUUUUCCUUGUGUUUACUUUGUGCGCAAUUAUAAUAUCAAGAAAAAUAUUGCUUGGGAUUUGUUGUCGGGUAUUACGGUCAGUUUCAUGCAUUUGCCGAUGGCGUUAGGCUUUGGAAUUCUCGCAACGUUGCGUCCCGUGCAUGGCCUGUACACCACUUUCUUUUCCGUAUUGGUGUACAUGAUUUUGGGAACUUCACCACACGUGUCCUUUGGGACCAACGCCGUGAUGGCGUUGCUGACACAAACUGUUGUUGAGCGCGAGGCAGGUAUUUUUAUUGACGAACGAAGUGCAGCCAAUGGAACCGCCCCAACUGAAGACGAAAUAAUGGAAGUGAAAACGGGUGCUGCUAUGGCAUGUUGUUUUAUUGUCGGUGCAAUUCUUCUGACCAUGGGUCUUCUGAAACUUGGUUUCAUCACGACGUAUUUGUCCACAUCGUUUGUUGGCGGAUUUACCACUGCGUCGGCCGUCCACAUAGCAACAAGCCAGCUACCAAAGGUCACAGGUAUUACAUUGACCAAUCAUGCCGGAGCUGGGAAGCUGAUAUUCACGUACAUAGAAAUUUUUAGUAAAAUUGGCGAUGCGAACGUAGCGGCAGUUAUAAUAGGUGUUAUUUGUAUGGCAGUACUGCUGUUUGUGAAGAUAUGUAUCAAUGAACGCUUUAAAAGCAAGAUGAAGAUGCCAGUGCCAAUUGAUCUUAUUGUUGUAGUAGUUGUGACUAUCAUAUCACACUUCGCGAAAUUCUAUGAUAAAUUCAAUGUGAAAGUUGUUGGAGAGAUUCCUAGUGGUUUCACUGUGCCUGAUGUACCGCAUUUCCACAACCUUGUCGCUUUUAUAAUGGAUGCUGUAGUAAUCGCCGUUAUGUCCUUUGCUUUGAGCAUAUCUAUGGCGAAGCAUUGUGCCGUCAUUCACGGCAUUGAUAUAGAUGACAACCAGGAACUUGUUGCAUAUGGCGCAAGUAAUUUGAUUGGCUCUUUCUUCCAUGCCUUUCCGGCUGCCGCUGCCCCGCCAAGGACCAUGAUUCUUAGCUCGCUUGGAGCCAAGACAACGCUACACGCGGUUCCCACGGUCGUGUUCAUCGUGCUAGUUAUUUUGGUCAUUGGUCAGCUUUUUGUGUCACUGCCAAUGACAGUUCUGUGCGCCAUGAUAAUUGUUUCAAUGAAGGAUCUGUUGCUUCAGUACCAGAACCUUCCGGGAAUCUGGCGCAUUAAUAAGUACGACUUUGCUAUUUGGAUGACUACAAAUGUCGUAAGUGUUUUAGCAGAUCUUAAGUAUGGCAUUAUUGCCGGCAUUGGGGUGUCGAUAUUUCUCGUGGUUGUUCGAGAUCAGUGCGCGAAAGCGAGUAUCGCAACUGUAGCUGAGAACGAAGACGUACUCGUUAAUGUUAAAGCAUUUGACGGUAACGCGCAUGUAAAAGUCUUUAGAAUACCCACGAAUCUGUACUUUGCGACCUGUGAGCGCAUCAAGUCAGAGCUGUUUAAACGGGUACCUAGCCCUAUCCAAAAACCAAGAACAAUCCAUGCCGAUCUUCACAAGGCGUUUAAUAUUGAUAAAAAUAUUGAGCACAACGAUACGCAUAAAAAUGGUGAAAUAUCAACAGCGAAGCCAGCGGAUAAUUUUGAAAAUGUUGUUGACGAAGAGCAUAUAGUGCUAGUGAUUGAUUGUUUGCGGGUUAGUUACAUAGAUAUGGCCGGCCUUGGGGUUCUGGUACAGAUAGUGAAAGCAUACAAAGGGAUGGGAAUGGACGUCUAUUUGACAGGUUUACAUCAAUCGGUCAUAGAGACGUUAACGAACGGAGACUUCUUCAAAUCGUUUCCAAGGUCCGACGUAUAUUAUGACGUGUUUGAUGUGCUGGAAAUGCUACCAAAGACCUCGAAUAUGUAAGAAUUACUAUUUGCAUUGUAUACUAAGCGGCCGUAGUGGAACUAUUUUAAGGACAAGAAGGGAAACAGAUUUAUAAACUUAAAGUUACUAUAUGUUUUUUAUGGAAACAUGAUUAAACACUAUGUGUCUAUAGAAUUAAUAGGUAUAUUGAACUAAUAGACGCAAUCCAACACGUACGGACAUCAUUAAGGAGAACGACUUAGAUGGGAUACUAGUGUUUAAUAAUACUAUUAUUGCUAAUGUUACUAUUAUUCAUAAUUUAUAAUAUUUAGUACAAUACAAAUGGACAGAUAUGUAUUAUAGUUAAUUGCUGGUACAGAGUUGGUAUUUUGGUAUGUGUUUAAUUAAACUAUAUGUGACUUUUCCUGACCACCUCUGAUAUAUAAGUAUACAAGAACAUAAAAACAUUUUUUUCGUUAGUAGUCGCGGGUAUUACUAUUUUAAUGUUGUUUCGCAAUUAAUAAUAUUAUUUACAUUUCUAUUUGUUGUUAAAUUAAUCAUCAUAACUUUAUGUAUGCAUAUGUUAUUCAAAAUUCUGUUAUUGAUAAAUGUUUGAUAUAGUAUAAUGUGAUAUUUCGUUCAAGCAUAUGAUAACUUGAAGGAACAAACUUUGCCAUCAACUUUAUUUAUUUAUUACGUUUAUGUUUUAAAUAACUUUUGUUCUUGCCACAUACUUCAUUUUUGAAAGGAUCGACUUGUACAAAUGGCAACAUUUGCUUCGUCAGGGCACCUGGCCCUUUAUUCAUAGCAAUUGACCAAUUGGCAACAAUCAGACACAAGACAAAAGCGCUACACAAUGUACACACAAAAUAUCAGGAGAAAAUAACAAAAACAACACUGUAUAUAUUCAUGGAACAUCGAGAGAAAUGUAAAAUUGCCUUCCCUGCCAGUUCAUGAUGUGUCGUAUUGUAAGCUUGUUUAACAAUACUUGUUGUUUCAUUGUAUACUAUUUAGUUAAUGUUUUUCUUGAUAUGUAUUUCGAAAAAUUGAUAAAACACAAAUGGUAUCUCGUGUGUUUAAUAUAGUUUUACACUUUGAACAAACAUGUAUUAAUUUAUAAGCACAUAAUAGAACAUCUAUUGCUUUAUUUUUCACUUAAUGAAAAUGUAUUAGACUAACUUAUCACAAAAUAAAAUGUAAUUAGUAGUAUUCCGUACUAAGUAAAAUUACUCAGCACACAAUAAUCUUAUGUACUAGGUUUUCAUGGUGCAAAAGAAAACUGUAUUAUUCUUGCUGGUGGCUGAGAUAUGUUUUUUUUUAAUUUGUUGCUACUGGUGUUGUACAGCUAUGUUUGCCUCGAUAUUGUUACUUGAAUUUUUUACAAUAUGAAUAUACAAGAUAAUGCAUUCCUCUUUUAUUUAGUUGUUCACUCCUCUUGUUUCUAUUUCGUGCUGUUGACUAAGUAAGUCGUUCCCACGACAAAGCUAACUCGUCCCCACGAGUAAGUAAGUCGUUUCAUCACGUUAGUAUGUCGUGGGAAAGAGGUAGAAAAAGAGGAGUGCAUUUUUUUUAAAGGAGUGUAUGCCACCUCUGUGACACCGUAAUUUUAGGACUAUAUCUCCACAUUUAAACUUUGCUUUAGCCCAACUAUUUUAGUAGCUUGUCACCAGUCUGAUACAUUUUUCUACGAAAAUAAACAGUGCAAUUCAAACUUGUUCAGCGAAAGUUUUUUGAAUACAUGCAAUAUUUUAUUGAGAUUAUCUUAAAAUUCCUUGUAUAUUGAAACAAACCAAAAAUAUGUGUGCUUAGAAAAUCGGAGAGAUGAAAAAUCUAGUUUUAAAGUUCCGAUGAAAUGUAUUUUUCACUGUAAAGUUGUUCUAUAUAUAUAA